GUUAUUUGCAUUACUUAUGAUAUAGGUACGAGAGAAGAUCCUGCUGGAUCCAGAAAGACCAAAUAAACCAAAGACUAGCUGUUAUAGGUACGAGAGAACUACAACAAAAGGAUGCGAACGUCUCAUGCUCUUGUAAUGAACACGGUUCCGGAGGAGGAGGAGCUACAUGGAAGCACAACAGAACACACAGAAAACACACCCCUCGGAGAUGCUCCUGAACCUCCGACCCCAGUGAGUUCUGGCUACGAUGAAGACGUGGAUGAACGAGAGCUGGCGUCUAGGCGCCGCACAAAGAUAUCGGAAACUAUGAUUAUGGCCGCUGGAAGAACGUGUCAUUUCCUAAGUGAAACCGCGUACGAUUUCUGUAGUCUUUCUUGUGUGUACGCAGCGAUAGAUGAUAGAUGCGAUAGAUGAUAGAUAUGAAAUAAUAGAAAUAUAGAAUAGAGUAGAAAAUAAAUAGAAAUGAAUACGAAGAUACUAAGCUGCUCCUUAUAAUAUUUCGACCUACACUGGGGGCCCGAGCAGCUAUGGGGUGUAUGGAGGUCGUGAGAGCUCAUCGUCGGAACCGAGCUCGAAGGAAAAAAGAAGCCGCUCAUGCAAAUGUAUUUCUUUGCAUCUCUGGCUACGGAACCAGGCAGCUUUGAGUGAGUUGCUACGUGGUUCGAAUGAAUGAAAAGAAAAGAGAUUGUGCUCGUUAGACUUUCUUGAAUAUCAAUCCUCUUCUACGACCUCCUCUUUUUUCAGGUAUCGGCGUCCUCUGUGUCCUCAGCGCCUUGCUCAUCCUGCUCUGCGUCGGCGUCUACAACCAAGUACUGGCACGCCCCGACUUUCCUCUCAAAUUCUUGAUGUCCUCUUCUUCUUCUUCUUCCAAACCUUCCUCGACGCCAAUUGUGGUGCGUGAAAUCAAGUCUAGCAUCGACCGACAAGUCAUGGACUUGCCACCGAUCCGGCUUCCUAGCAAUGACGAAGACAUGAUGGGCGGCAACGUGGCACCGAGAGGUUAUGUAUUCGAGUCAACAUGUGGUGAUACUUACUAACUACGAGGGAGUAGGUGAAGUGACUGGUCGGAAAAAAAAGUGCAGUAGAUAGUACUAGAAGUAGUAGUACUUUGAGGGAGACCACCACCAUUUUCAGGUUCAUGCUUUUCUGUGUUUCAAAAAUUCUUCAUCUUCUUCACUGCUUAAUAGGCUCACUCUAACUCUCAGACCACCAUCCACGUGACCCAAGCGUCCAACGUCGACCAACCAUCAAAGCCGGCGCCGACGCGUUUCAUGGUCAAAACCACGGUACAACUGGAUCUGGAGACACCAGACAAAGACAUCUCCCUAACUACAGCAAGAACUACAACAUGGUAGAAGGAGACGAUGAUGAAGACUCCUUGUUGAGCUUGCAUGACAGUGACUCUUCCCUCUACUCUUCCUCUGGGGGAGCCUCAACAGCUGGUGAUUUAGAAUUGAGUCACUUAAGUGCCUUUGGCAGCACAGCGUCUUCAGACUCUCUCACUCUGUCUACGGAAAGCAGCAUUGGUGGAUCCUCUGCGGCUCUGGAUGUAUUCGUUUCGCUUGUUAUCAAUUUAAGUACUUGAGGAUAGAUUGUCUUGCAUUGUCGAUGUCCACCCAUUUGUGAUUCGUUUUCGACAUUCCAAACGCAAACCACACAUUAUAUAUGUACUGUUCAACAAACCUCUACAACGAUAGUGAUGAAGAUCAAGUAGAUCAAGUUUACAUCGAACUUCAUCUUGUAGACCUGCUACACUCAAAUCUCCUCCACUCCACUGCAUCACCAUUUCCAGGCUCGCAGCGAAGAUCCCACUUCACCGCUUGUGCCGCAUCGCGAACUUCUGAAUUCUGACAGUGCUGUUGAACUGAUGCGGCUGGCUUUGGAUAGUACUCCGAAUGAUGAACCCUCUAGUACAACUCCUGUCAAGCAACGCCCUUCGCUGGGGACCUAUCCCAAGUCACCGCGUUAUUCCGGCGGAAGGAAAAGCAGUAAACUAGAUGCUAGUCGUGGGGGUGAGGAGCAGCAGACAUCUAAGAACGAAACCCAACAAGAACUAAAAGUGCAGAAGGACGUGGAGUCAUCUAAAUCUCACACCAAUCUUCCUCCUGUGACAACCAUUCCUCAAGGACGUGAUAUUGAAGGGGAAAUCCUGGAUGCAUCGCUUCGUAAGUCGGCAACCUUGGAUGAAAUGACGCCCCUCAAAGCCCAGCUAAGCAGCUACCCGAAAAGCGCAUCUCGGAGCUUGAAAUCUGUUCGAUUUGGGAUCAACGAGGACGAGCCUGACCACAGUGAGGGUCGCGACACCAGACAUGACUAUCCGAGCACACAAUGGCCAACAAGUAGUUCUUCUAAUACGUAUUCUUCUUCUUCUUCCGAGGAUGAAGAUCAAGGAUAUUCUGGUGAUGAUGAGCGCGAAGAUGAAGGUGAGAGUUCUUCUACGUCUUCUCACUCUUCUAGCAAUGGAAAAGAUACUGAUAAAGAUCAAGAACAUAAUAUAGCAAUAGCAUCAACAUCAUCUACACCCUUUUCCAGUGAACCAACUACAUCCAGAAAAAUGCUGAAACGUGCUAUGAUGAGUAGUAAAGCGAGGCGACAGCUUAUGCGCCAGAGGAAGAAGAUUCCUCAAACAAAUAUCAAGAUGCUCAUGGGUGGAAACCACGGUCGUCACGGGCUUGAUGAGAAAGACUUUGAGGAAGAAGCUGGAGGUUCUUUUCAACCUGUGUUAGUACCACAGAUAAGCGGAGGUUCUUCAACAUCUUCUUCUUCUUCGCGCACCGGCAGUGGCAGUGGAGCUUCAUCUUCAGGUUCAACUACACCAGGAUCUUCAGUGCUGCAAGUGCUUUCCUCCGGUUUGCACUAUUCAGUCCUCAAAUUUCCGACUCAACCGCAAGAAAAGUCUUUAGGCGAUGGUUUGCGGUUCACGCUUUCCCGUUUGCCGCUGACCCUUCCUGCCGAUUUCGACCCCGAAGGACCUGCCUCGUUGCAACUGGCUGUUUUGAGUUACACACCGACUGAUGCUGCGGUUGCCUUGGCUCCUCGAACUACUGUGCCUCCACGAACAACGGAACUCACAAAUCUGCUAGUGGAGCUGCCGGAAGAUCCGACAGCGGGAGUUAGUUAUGCUUGGACAAGAAGAUGUCUUAUAGUUUUAUUUCUAACAAAUCACGUGAUUUUGAUACGAACAAUCAGACGAGCUACGCACUUUCUUCAUGUUCCUGAACACGACCUCUAGCGACCUCUAAUCUCUGUCCCUCGACAAAAGAACCCCGUUGUUUUUUCUCUGCUACCGAGUCUUUCAGGUGUUGCGUACAAGCGACAACUACACCGAGGAUGAAUACAAUGCUGUGGAGACGCGCCUUCUCGAUGUCUUGGCCGAAAAUAUGCCUCCACUCCUAGUCGAGAAUGUAGAGACUAUUCGCGCUGCACUCGUCGAUGAGAUUGCAUUGAAAGAGAUUCCGGAAGAGCGCAUCUUCUACAACAGCGCUAUAGAAGAUGUUGUUGACAACUACAAAAAGGAUAUAAUUGACGCAGAAGAUGGAGGUGACUUCUCUGGAGGUGCAAGAACGUUAAGGCAACGCUUGCCGCAUCCUCAACGUCAGCCUUGGCCCCCUUUUCAACGAGGAAAUGAGGCCAGGCAUGCUACCAGGGAUGCAACGGCAAUAGCUCUAACUACAGAAUCAUCAACCAUGGAUGAGGAAGAACCUGCUACAGUGUAUGCAGUGGGUGACGGUCUUAGUGACGUUGCUGAUGAGGACGUUGAGAGCAUCUUAGCUACCAGUCUCCAGGAUUUUGGACAAGAUGAAGAUAUCGAUCACACUAGCGACCACGAAGCAAACGAGAAUCCUCGUCAACAUGUUCGUCUUGGUGACGAAGAUGAAUAUGACGAGUAUCAUCCAUCGGGAGGUGAUGACUUUGAUCUUAACAAGGCGGACAACAAGAACAAUAGAAUGAACUACAACUAUGCGCAUAGAAGUGCUUAUGGUAGUAGGACUCAUCAAGAUCGAGACCUUGAGACAGACGACGUCCCAAGGUACGCUUUGCGUGAUUUGGCUCCGCACGAACAACUGUCACCCGACGUUGAAUUAGAUGAAAAAAGUUACAUUCCUGAAUCUGCCUUGAGACUGCAUCCGGGUGAAGAUGCGGAGAACGAACAAGAUAGUGGUCCUCUAUCGAUUAGUGGGGCUCAUCAUGCUCAUGCGACAGUGCCUUUGGCUAACAUGCAGGUGACGCGGUUUCUGAGCAAUGUAGUGAGGCAGACUGUUCAGGAUAUUAAGGAGGCUAUUGUUGCCGAACGAGCUUGGAAGAAAUUUGAUCUCUCGCAUGGACCAACGCGCUCGGCAAGACUGAAACAGUAAAGACUAUAAUAAAUAUGUUGAUUUUCCGAAAGACACCUCCCUGAUGAUAUUAAAAUAAGUGGUUUGAAUACUAGUAAAGUCAACUACCAAUGUUUCACGUAAGAAGCAUCACUUAUUUCACAUCAAACCUUCACAGGUUUUUCGCGGUGUGGACGAUUCUCGGUCACGGUACCUACGAGCUCCGCCUCCAUUUCGACGAUGGUCAAUAUCUCGAUGUCUCCUUCGAAAAGUCGUCGCGUGGUUCUACGCUUCAAAUCCUGCAUCACCCAGCAGUGGAGGAUGAUCGCAAACAUGCUGGGUCUGUCCUUCUCGGAUUCUCGUUUCCGCAUUUCCUGAAGCUGAAUCGCGAACUAGCCGGUUUUUCUCUCACGCCCAACCGCGAAGGGUCCCAGAUCUACAAGAUCUUAGAACAAAAUGGGCUGCUGCCAGAACUUCAGUACAAUCUGGAUGAAGGAAGUCCAUCUUCUGCUGUUCACACUGGUGCUGCGAACAAGAAUAUCAGAAAAAAUGCAGCAGGAGGAGCAACGAGAGAGGACCAGCUAGCAGCCUUGUACAGUGCACCGCAGAGCAACAUCGCCACUUACCACGAAGAUGACGACAUCAGUGAGCUUGGCGCUUUCGGGCCCCAUAGGACGCCAUUCAACAACUUUCCAUCCACUACAUCGUCGCUGUAUCAUGAUGAAGAUCUUGAUUCGCAACUAGCUCUUACUCCUCAGAAGUCCACCGCUUCCGGAUCUUCACCCAGUGGCUCAUCAACUAACCAAGGUGGACCGCAAGGCCAAGGCGCAUCUUCCUCGUCCAUCCUCGCCGCUUCUGAGUCCUAUUUAGUCAGGUCAGUGGACGUCCUAUCGCGUAGAACUACGGAUGAAAAAUUGCGCAAUUUUGCCGAUUUUGAGGUCUUGGUGAUGGCCGAUAACGGUUCGAACGGUAGUGUGGAUGCGGAGUUGGGAACUAAGAUUUUAGAACGCUACGUCGAUGCAGAAGUCCCGGCUGAGGAGAGACUGCACAAAUUGCCGGCGUUGAAAUUUCCGGAAGUUUUGCCACCUGAUUUAUGGCGCUGGGCGCUGGAAGAACGCGUUUGUUUAGUAUUCGUAAUGGAUGCUUUUCAUCAUCUUCUCGUGGUUGAUGACCUAGUUUGUUUCGAUUGAUACUAUUCUUUCAAAGUUAAUCAGAUUCUCAUUCUUUGAGAGGUCUUGGUAAAAAUUUCUUCAACGCUAACAAAAGGCGCAUGCUUCGGCGUUGUGCUCGCCUUUAUCGUCACUGCGAUUCGGAACUUUGGUAUCGGUGCUCAGCUGAAACAACACUUGAGUCCUCAGUUGGGACGAGAGACGAAUGCGACGACGACUAUACCGCUUGAUAGUAUUGCAGAAAACAUGGGAGAGGAUGAUGAGGAACAGGAGGUGGUAGAUACAAAACAACAUCUUCAUCUUCACAGUCUUGAUGAGAAGAAAUCCUCUGCUUCCAAAUCGUCAAGUAGUAAGAAUGCGGACAAGAAGAAAAAUAAAGACACCACGGCCAACGAACAGCACAACGAUAAGAACACGCAAAAAAUUCUGAGUCAACAAAUGAUGUUACGCGAAUCUGCCCAAUUGGUCCGAUCCGGCGACGCUUCCUCUAGCCUCAACUUUCUGUCUACACUUACCACGCCAGCCAGUGUGAACCGCUUUCAAAGCCCAAACAUGCUUCAUCGCACGUUGCAAGCAGUGUUUGAGUCUGCUAUCUACUUCGAUCGCGCAAGACACAAAUCGAUUGGGAGCCACUACGGAAGAAUCAUCAACGGCCUCGCAAACAUCUUUGGUUUCGAAGUGGGCGCGCCAAGGAUCUACUUAUGUUGAAAGCGAGUGAUGUAUAUUUUGUUUCACGCAUACAUUUAGUUGUAGUUGACACAAUUCUCCGCAAAAAACGAUUUGCUCGACGUCCCAUGUGUAUCUCCUCCCAUCUUGAUCUUCUUUACCUUUACGAUCCAAUUGGAAUAUAUAUUUGUUCUCUUUCCCAAGUGAGUCCCAACGGAGCAGCGAACCCCUCUUCAUCUACUUAUGUUGAAUGCGACUAAUGUUAAUGAUUAUACUUCGCACAUCCAUGAUUUAAGCAGUUGACCUCAUUCUCGACAACAAAUAGACCGAUCAUCUACAUCUCAUGUGCAUCAUCUCCUCCCAUGCCCCUCUCUGCAAACGGAUUUGAAUAUUUUUUCUUCCCAAUGUGUCCUAACCCAACCCCUCUCCCUUCUUCAUCACCACCCUUGCAAGACGCCGAUUUAGCGUCUGACGUCUUUGAGGAGAUGCCUGAUGGCCUUUUUGUUUUCACGAUCGGCAAGGAUGGCGACCAACACGCCCUAGCUAUUGCGAAGGCGAAAGGCGAUGUUCUGCUAUUGGAGCCGAAUCAAGGGUUGAUGUUAUGACGUUAUAGUAUUUGAGGAAGUUAUAGUUCGUUUCUAUUAUGAAUGAUUCCGGUAUUUGGUAACCUAAAUUUGAUCACAAGGGUUCUCUUCUUGUUUUCCCUUAUGAUCAAAUUCAGGUUAUCAAAUACCGGUAGCACACAUAUUAUUCGUUCAGCGGGUCGAAUUCGUCAGGGAAAUCUUAGGCAGAUUGCCGAGUAGAUUUGCAUCAUCUGUUCGCUUGUAUUAUUGUACUGUCUUUGUCCAUCUCCGCGGCUCGUUGCUUUUGUCAUUUUGUUAAAGAGUCAGUUAGACUCAAAAUAAAUAUAUAUAUCUUCGAUGCAACCCACAUCUUCUUCCUCUAACAACCUACUUCCAAGUGCAGGCAGCGGAGAAGUUGCGCCCUUACUUGGAGGUCUACGAGAACCUGGCAUCCCGUGAUGGCAUUCAGCGCCAUAAGGGAAAAUUGUACCCCGUCAUCGGUGUCCGCGAUGUCGAUGAGACACUGAUGAAGAGAGCGGAACAAGCGAAUGAAAAACCGUAAAAGUGGGAUGUUUUUCGCAAGGUGAUUUUGUUGGAAGAGCAUAGGGAGGAACUAAAUUCUGAGUCGGAACUACUAGAAUCUUUUUUGUCCAACAGCCGAUGGGGAAGAUGUGUAGUGCUUCAUGUCCUCAUAAAAGAUAAACACGACGAUAAACACGCUCUGCAUAUCAGAAAUACGCAUAAGAAUCAACAUAUGCAAUGUAUAGAAUAGAGAACAACUUUUGGUUGAGGACCCUGCGGACGAUUCAAGAAAAGUAGCCUGCUAUAGGGAACGUCAGCGUGAAAGUGCAUAAUUACUUACUAGUGUCACACAGUCCUGCAUAAAACUUUUUCUCAUGAAAUAUACUUCGACUCAUAGACUACAUUCAGGUAUGAAAAAUAGUAGCCCUCUGUAGAUUGCGAAACUCAACAAAAUUUUCAGGUCAUUCGUACUCGUUGUGAUGAAGAAAUGCCAUGUUCUCAGUUACUGUCUUCUUUUCCUUUCCCGUCAAUCAUCAACCAUGCCGUAACUAGACGUGUUAAAAAAUGAUCCGUACUGCCCUUCGAUCUAUUUAUGAAUACUUUUUAUAGCACGAACACCAUGUAAUUGCUUUGCCGGUCAUCUGAAUCUUCCGCUAGUUCUUAAGAAUAUAUCGAUUACUCAGUGAAAGGAAGAAUGUUGUCUGCAGUCUGUCAAACGUAAAACAGCAAGAAGUCUUCAUGUAGGUAGUCAUUACUAUCAGCAUAAAGUUGUCCGUUGAGGAUAAAAGUGAGGUUGGCAAUUUUCUAGAAGCAGGUCUCUUAUAUUGUAUGCCAUCGACGGUGUUCAGUCGAAUCUUCAAGAUGAAACCCCAUUUAAGAGGUAUGCUGUCUGUCAAACACAAACUUUGUGCAUAAAAAACUACUGUUGUCUGCGAAAAUCAAAGAAACAAGCACACUCCCGCAUGCGUCGCAGAG